GGAUGUUUUUCCUCAAGACUAAGUUAGAAAUGAAAAAUGUUUCAGUUUCGAGGUUCAGGUGUCUUCUUAUGGAUACUUUAUACGUUUAUUUCCAAGGUUUGUAAUUCCUCUGCCUUGAAAUGCUACGCUUCCCAGCCGACUGGAACUGAAGUCCAGAAAUGCCCUUUGACUCCGAAAGAACUUGAAGAAGCUGCACAGCGGAAAAACUGUGAGAUUAUUGCGCUUUCUCAAAAUUGCACGAAGCCUGAAAAUUUUAAGUAUCACUGUGUACUCAGUAUGAACAGGCAAUCUCUGAUGGAAGUUUGUGCACCAUACAUCUUUUCCCAAGGACAUUGUGUUGGCUUUGACACGCUAGGACUACUAAUUCAGCAGAUAUUUGAUAGUUCUUGUACUAAAUUCCCAGACCCUUGUCCUAUUAGAUUUGCUUCUUGGAACUCAUCAGCUUUUUCAGGUUGCUAUGAACUCAUAGAAAACAAGCAGAGGAAACCCAACGCUGGAGGAGCUGAGACAACUGCAGUGUGGAUUGGUGUCUCGUGUGGAACCUUUAUAUUUGGCUUAAUAAUGACAGUAUUGGUGCAAACGUUGUGUAGAAGACUAAAAGGUGACUUUAUUUUGUGUAUUUGUUGCUUAACCACCAAGUAUUCUUGGGAAAAGGGGAUUCAAGAAAAUCAGAAUGAAAAUGACAAUUCCAAGGCAUUAUUAUGUGAUAUCAACGAGGAAACUGAUACUUCUCUCACGAGAUAUGACGCUUCAGGAUUCGAUAAAGAGGGCUUUGAUAAAGUUAUCAAAGACUUUCAUUUAACGAGCGUUGAGGAAUUAUUUAAACAACACCAUAUUGACUGUGUUGUUACCUUUCUUGGUUUGGAUAAUGACAAACUGCAGAGCCUUGGGUUAGAUAUAGGCCAGCAGGAAUGUAAAAACGCUAUUCGAAGAAUACAGUGUGCUUCCAACAACAAAAUGAGACGCCACAAGGGAGACAGUCAGACCAGCAUGUCCAUUAGUGAAAGAUCGAGUCCAGAGACCAAUUUCCGUCAGCACAAUCUGUGCUGA